UCCGUUGUACAGACAUUAGACACAAUUCUUUAGGGAAAUACAAAUUAAAAUUUAAUUAAGGAAUUUAGAUUGAAGAUGAUUUUCUCAACUGAGAUUUAAAAAAUUAAUGAAUGAUGUCCUGGCUUGGGGUACUAAAUAUACUAAUACAUCAGUGAAAACCAAAUUCUGUCGAAUGAAUGAACAUUCUAUAAGUCAAAAAUGUGGGUGAUCCAAGUGGACAUUUACUUAAUAUUGUCAAUGGUUUCUUUAUAAAAGGUAAAAAGGGACUUACAUGGCUGGCAUUAAUUGGUAUCAUACGAAUAGAAGUGAUGAAAAUUGUUCCGUUGAUGUACAGCUACCUAUAUGUUCCUUGGCAGAUGUUCAGUUACGCUUUUUAUGUCCGACCGAUUUAGAUGAAGUACGCGCUUUAUGUCAGGAAUGGUUUCCUAUCGAAUACCCAAUUACGUGGUAUGAGGAGAUUACGUCAAGCCAAAGGUUCUAUGCGCUGGCCGCAGUUUAUAAUCAGGUGAUAGUAGGUUUAAUAGUCGCAGAAAUAAAACCGUAUAGAAUACUAAAUGAGGAAGAUUCUGGGAUUUUAGCCAAGGCGUUUGUGAAAACGUCAGAUGUCGGCUACAUUUUGUCACUGGGUGUCGCAAAACAGUACAGAAGGAACGGCAUUGCAACAUUACUCUUAGAUUCCUUGAUAAAUCAACUAACAACGCUUGAAAAGAGGAAAGUCAAGGCGAUUUUCCUUCACGUGUUAACCACAAAUUCAGCUGCAAUUCUUUUUUAUGAACAUAGAAAAUUUCAGCUUCACAAGUUUUUGCCUUACUAUUAUUCCAUUAAUGGUAGAUGUAAAGAUGGAUUUACUUAUGUGCUUUAUAUUAAUGGAGGACAUCCACCUUGGGGUUUAUGCGACUACCUCAAAUUCCUUUUUAGUACAAUUGCCAAAGGAGGUGGAUUAUUCACAUGGAUUUUUGGAAAAAUACAUAGUGCCAUAUUUUGGAUAAGAAAUCCACGAAUGAUACGUCAGAGGCCAGAAUUAUGACGUACCAUAAAUUAUCAGUGUAUUUAAUUUUUUUUUACUUUUAUAUUUGCGCCUGUGUACCUUUUUAACCUAAGAUUAUAAAUUGUUCUCAGCUCUUUAAUUGUUAUUUAUUAAUGGUACAAAUUGUGUUUCAUACCAAAAUUGAAGUUAUUUAUUUUAGUAUAUUUGUGUCUGCCAUUUAAUGCAGUAGGAGGAUGGAGGUAUUUUUCGUUCACCACUUUGUCCUUACUGUUUAAA